ACUGGGUUUUGUGUGUGAAAAGCAAAAUGUAAACAAAGUGAAUGUGUAUUCGCCAGCUGCUGUUGCAGACCUAUAAAAAUAGUGAAAAGUGAUUUUCGGAAAAUUUUGCGGAAUAAAAGUAUUAAAAGAUUUCGAUUUAAUUUAGAUAAAUAUUGCAAAAAAAAUGACUGAUUUUGUAAUACGACACUCAGGCUAUAAAAGGACCACAGACAAACAGUAUAGUCUGCUGACACACGAAAUGUCCAGGUUUUCUUUGCAAAAUCGCUCUGGUAAAAAAGUGGAUGCUAUAAAACAUUGGAACAAUUUGACAGAAAAACUAAAUGCUCUAGGACCACCCUAUCGUACAAUACCCCAAUGGAAAAAGGUUUGGACAGACUUUCGGCGCUUUCACAGUAAACGUGGCUUCAAAUCAAAACCAAAAUUUACAAAAUCCAUUAAAAAAGAACCCACACCCUACAAUCAACUCUUUCCCACAGACGUAGCCGAGGAGCAAGCAGAACAGGAGCAAGUUCCAAAUGCUGAACAGAAAAAAGCAGCAACUUCCAGUAAAGUAGCGCAAUUUCUAAGAUCUGAAUGGGAAGAAUAUGGUGAAAAUUCACAAUCAAUGCAUUCAACACACUCCAAUGAUUAUGCCGAUGAGUAUUCAUAUCCCGACAGACAUUCCUCUCAACCGUCAGAUACGGAAUUACAUGAGACUUUGAUACCUGAUGAAUCACCUUACGAUUCUUAUACAUAUGCUGAAGCUCCUCACGAAGAAACACUAACACGUUCCGCAGUUCAACCGCCUCCAAUGCAACAUCAUCAUCAACAGCCCUCAGUUCAACAACAACAACGACAUCAUCAACAACAUGAUUCAAUACCGCCACCUUUACAACCCGCAAAUACUCGUCUCUUAGAUCAAACUCUUUAUACCCUACAAAAUCAAAUGGAACAUCAAACUAAGCUUUUGGAACAUCUUUCACAAAUUUCCAGCACUAUGGCAAGCUUAAUGGAACGUCAAGUUUUGGCGGUGGAAAAACAAACCGAAGCCAUGCGACGUCAAGCUUCCGCUACAGAACAUCAUACUCUAGUAAUGAAUAAUUUUGUCGAUAUGAUACGUGACAAAAUGCCCAAGACAAAUUCAAAGACAACGCCUAACACAUCUGCCAAUUUAGCAAAUGGUAAUUCAUAAGAGUUUUCGUUUAUCUUCUCCUGAUGAUAUUGUGUACCAUAACCGUAUUAUGUUUACGGUUUAAUAGUUUUAGGAUUAACAACUUUUUUUUUACAAAUUAAUUUUUGUUAUUUAAAGAUUUAAGUAAUUAUUAUUUGUUACAUUCAAAUACAAGUUAUUGAAUUUAGCUGGUAAGUUAACUAUUUUGAUAAUGAUAUCUGUUAAUAAAUGAAAUAAUAAAUAGCGUUUUGUAAUAAACAUUUAAAUAUACAUGAAAUUUAUCAAUAAGUAUUUAACACAUAUU